AUGGCACUGGAUUUCGUAGGGUCAGUUGCACAAGUGCCGAGCAUGCUGAGUGCAGUGCUACUGCGCCCGUUCGGGCUCGCAACGCCAAAACCUUUCCGGCGGGAGCGUCAGCUCCCAUUUUUUACCUUCUUUGACAAUGGGCUCGGUGCGGAGCCAGACGUGCCGCUGGGACCGAACGCGGCCACGGAUAGUACACAGCUUUCGUUGACAGACAAGGCACCGUAUUACCGCGGUCUGUACAAUCCUGGCGUGCACUGCUUUAUGAACAGUGUGGUGCAAAGCCUCUGCAGCGUCGCGCUGCUCGGCGCCUAUCUCGAUGCUGUAACCGCCAUGGCCACUCGCUGGGACGAACCGACGCCUGUAACGGAUGCACUGCGUGUGCUCUAUGUCCAGCUGAAUACGCCGCACGCCAAAAGCGCGCCGAUUGUGCCGCGUGAGCUCAAGGCGAUUCUGUCUACCGUAUUGCAAGCGAAUGGAAUGCGCUCUUUGAUCAGUGCACACCAGCAGCAGGAUGCACAAGAACUGGCCCUGCUGCUCCUCGCCGCACUCGAUCAGGAGCUUGGAAAUGUCCAGCAAGAGCGGGGGCGCCAGUGGCGGCGCCUGAACGAUGGGCUUCGCGGCGUGCUUGCUCCGUCGGUGGAUGCGCUCGGCAAGCCUAGAGGGAGCCUCGGAUGGACCGGAGAUGAUGUAACUUUUCCAUUCCGUGGACAGUACGCGCAGCGUAUCUCGUGCGGCGAGUGCGGCUACAUGGAAGCUGUGCGCUUCUUUACGUUUUCCGACGUGAGCCUCACGGUGCCGACAAACGUCGGUGUGUGUACAUUGGAGCAGUGCUUUGGAGCAUGGGCGCAGCUCGAGCAGGUGGAAUGGGUAUGCCACCGCUGCAGCCUGCAAAAAACGCUGCGCAAAGCGCAGGCAGAGCAUGCAAGGCUCGAUGCGCUCACGCGCGCGGGGCCGAUGCCCGGGGAAAAGGGGCGCCGCCGCUGGAACGCGCAUGCUGACGAACUUGUUGCGGCGCAGGGAAAUGUAGAAAAUCUUGCCGCAGCGCUGCGCCAAGGCCUGCACGAGUCGGAGUUUGCAGCGUCGGAAAUCGCGAAUACGGUACAGCUCGUGCGUACACUGGGCCGGAGUACCAAGCAGGUGAUGUUGGCAAAGCCUCCGCCCGUCCUUGUCAUUCACCUGAACCGCUCUACCUUCUCGCUGGAGGCAUUUGGCGCGUCCAAGAUCAAUACGCGCGUGCUCUUUCCAGAAUGGCUCGAUAUGGCGCCGUACACUACCGGCGCGCACCUCGCAACAAGCGCGACGCAUCCGCUGAGCGAGCCUGGCGGCGUUUACAUGUACAGGUUGAGUGCAUUGGUGACGCAUUACGGUGCGCACAACUAUGGACAUUAUGUAUCCUUCCGGCGCCGAUCGAGCGCCGGUGCCCACGCCGAGUCGGACAAUGUGGCGAAUCGCUCGGAGUGGGCGCGCAUUUCGGACGAGUCUGUGCAAGCCUGCUCGUUGCACCAGGUGCUCGCACAAAACCCCUACCUGUUGUUUUACGAACGCGUGGAUCUGCCGCUGCAUCCUUCGAUACCCCCAGACAGCAUGCGCCUGCACUCUGUGCCCCGCGCGCGUUUGCUGCACCGUUGGAACCCUGCGCUGUAG